GCGGCACCGGGAGCGGCACCGGGAGCGGCAGCGGGGCCCGGGCACCCACCCGGGCACGGCCAUGGCGCUGCCGCUCGGCGCUGCCCUGCAGGACCCCGGCCUGGCCAUGGCCCCCCCUGCCCCCGUCACAGACGAUUUAGAGAUCCUGGAGGAGGUGAUGAAGGAGGACGGAUUCCAGCCGGACCUGGCGCCCGUCCUCACCCGCCUGGUGGCCCGGGGGCCCUCGGGGCCGCCCUGUCCCCCUGCCCACCCCCCUCCUUCCUCCUCCUCCUCCUCCCGCUCCUCGCCCCCCCCGGGCCCCCCCGACCCGCGGUGCCCCCUCCUCGCCCGCAGCCUCGGCGGCCUCUCCCUGUCCCCCCCCCGACCCCGGCUGGUGCCGCGGGGCACGGGGGGCUCGGGGGUCCCUCCCCCCCCCUCCCGGCCCCGCUGGACCCCCGCGACCCCCAAGGAGCCCCCCCGGGCCGAGGAGCCCCCCCGGGCGGAGCCCCCCCGGCUCGUCAUCACCGAGCAGCCCAAGCAGAGGGGGAUGAGGUUCCGCUACGAGUGCGAGGGACGCUCGGCCGGGAGCAUCCUGGGCGAGAGCAGCACCGACAGCACCAAGACCCUGCCCACCAUCGAGCUGCUGAACUGCCAGGCCAUCCCGGAGGUGACGGUCACGGCCUGCCUGGUGUGGAAGGAUUGGCCCCACCGGGUGCACCCCCACGGGCUGGUGGGCAAGGACUGUGCCAACGGGCUGUGCCGCGUCCUGCUGCGGCCCCAGAGCAACCCCCGCCACAGCUUCAGCAACCUGGGCAUCCAGUGCGUGAAGAAGAAGGAGAUCGAGGGGGCCAUCGAGAAGAAGCUGCAGUUGGGCAUCGACCCCUUCAAAGCGGGUUCCCUGAAGAACCACCAGGAGGUCGACAUGAACGUGGUCAGGAUCUGCUUCCAGGCCUCCUUCCGGGAUGGAUCCGGGACCACCCGGCACCUGAGCCCCGUCCUGUCCGAGCCCAUCUUCGACAAGAAAUCCACGAACACGUCGGAGCUGCGGAUCUGCCGCAUGAACAAGGAGAGCGGGCCCUGCACGGGGGGGGAGGAGCUGUACCUGCUCUGCGACAAGGUCCAGAAAGAGGACAUCGCGGUGGUUUUCCGUCGGGAAUCCUGGGAAGCGCGGGCGGAUUUCUCGCAGGCCGACGUUCACCGCCAGGUCGCCAUCGUGUUCAAAACCCCCCCGUACCAGCACCUGGAGCUGCGAGAGCCCGUGGAGGUGGAGGUGUUCCUGCAGCGCCUCACAGACAGCGUCUGCUCCGAGGCUUUCCGAUUCACCUACCUGCCCAGGGACCACGACGCCUACGGGGUGAACGUGAAGCGCAAGCGGGGGAUGCCCGACGUGCUCGAGGAGCUCUCGGGGGCAGAUCCGUAUGGGAUCGAAGCCAAGAGGAGGAAGAAGCCCCCCGGGUACCUGGAGCACUUCGUCCCGCUGCCAGUGGCAGACGACGCCUUCGGGGGUGACCCGGAGCCCCCCCUGGACCCCCUGGACCCCCUGAGCCACCUCUACCUUCCCUUCCCGCCCCCCCCGGGGCUCCCCCCGCUCUUCCCGCCGCCGGAAUUCCCGGAAUUCCCGCCUUUCCCGGGCCCGGAGCUGCUUUUGGAGCCCUCCCCGCCCACCCCCCAACGCGCCCCCCCCCGCCGACCACCCCCCCCCCCACCUCCACCCUGGUGGGCUCCCACAUGUUCCCGGGGCAUUUGGGGGACGGCUGAGACCCCCCCCCCCAAAAAAAAAUACCAACCCGAGGGGUUUGGGGGACCCCAAAUUAGGGACCUCCCCCCAUCCCGGGCCGGCUGGACCCCCCCGGGAAGGGCAGAGCCCCCCCCCCUUCAUUUCCCCCCCAAUUUGCACUAUAUUUAUGGGGGGGGUGCGGGGGGACCCCCGGGAUUCUGGGGGGGGAGACCCCUGGAAUUGGGGGGGGGGGGCGUUCCCAUUUCUCCGGGAAUAAAGCCAUGGAUGGACCCCUGGGAUUUGUCCUUGGAUUUGGGGGUUGGGGGGGAACGGGGGGACCCCCGGGAUUGGGGGGGGACCCCCGGGAUGGGGAGGGGACCCCUGGAAUUGGGGGGGGGCCGUUCCCAUUUCUCCGGGAAUAAAGCCAUGGAUGGACCCUGGGAUUUGUCCUUGGAUUUGGGGGGGGAAUGGGGGGACCCCCGGGAUUGA